AUGAAAUUAUCUCGUAUACCUGCUACCUUCCUUAAAAAAUGGAAUACCCAUUUGGAAAGCAUCUUGGCAAUAAAUAAUGUCGGGCUGACACCCUUUCGUAAAACCAGCGCUCUGAGUGCUUCGGAGGAGCAAUGUAUCCUGGAUUCGUGCUGCAUCGGUCCUAAUUGUAAAGAACCUCGUGUUAUUAUUGUUGGAGCUGGGAUUGCAGGCCUAUCUGCAGCUCAUCGUCUUGUGCAAUGUGGGAUCAGAAACUUUGUUGUAUUAGAGGCAAAAGAAAGACCCGGUGGUCGGAUACAUUCAUGUUGGCUAGGGGACGCGGUUAUAGAAAUGGGCGCAGAAUGGAUUUAUGGAGCCUGUUUACCUAACGCUGUUUACACAUUAGCAUCGUGUGAUCGGCUCUUGCAGUCUCCACUACCUCGACUGGACGCAUCUCGGGGGCUAUUUUGUACAAGUGAAGGUCGAGCUGUAGAUUUGCCAGUCACGAUCACUGCUUAUCAUACCUUCCGGCAAAUAGAACAACAGGCAGCAAACUUAUUUAGGCUCGGUGGUGAACGACCGCAUGGAACGUUACUUAAUUUUCUUGGACUAAGAAUACAGCAGGAGUUACAUAACUUUCCUGAAGACCAAAGGUACGACGCAGCAAGGGUAAUGUUCGGAUUGACUAAUAUCUUAAGAAACCGUUGUGGAGAUGACCUAUCUCUUGUGAGUGCAGAUCAAUAUGGGAGCUACAUAGAAUUACCGGGAGGUAGCGUCAGAGUUCCUUUAGGAUACGUUGGAAUAAUGGCGCCACUAAUACGAGCUCUACCUGACAAUUGUAUCCGUUAUAACAAACCGGUGAAUGUAAUACGAUGGGGUAAAGGUCAAGCCGGCACUGGACGGACAUUAGUUAAAUGCUGUGAUGGCGAGGAAAUGACAGCAGAUUAUGUCAUCGUAACAAUGUCUCUAGGAUGUUUAAAGUGCCAAGCAGACAAAUUAUUUUCACCUCCUCUCCCGACAUGCAAGUUGGAAGCUAUUUGCGGCUUGGGAUUCGGUUUGAGUGAUAAGAUAUUUUUAGAAUAUGCCGAGCCUUUUUGGGUCUGCCAUGAAGGUAAUCUAAAAAUGGCAUGGUCGGCUGAAGAGCUUCAAUGCAGAUGUGAUUGGAGCAAAGGGGUCUGUGCGAUCGACGAAUUGCCAGGAAGUAAACAUGUUUUAUGCGCCUGGAUUUCAGGUCAAGAAGCUGCUCAAAUGGAGUCAAUGCCAGAUAAUGAUGUGGCCGAAGGUCUCACUCAAUUACUAAGAAGAUUCACGGGCAAUCCUUGUCUACCGUAUCCUCAAAUGAUGUUAAGAUCGCGUUGGGCAUCAGAUCCUCAUUUUUGUGGGGCAUAUUCGUAUAUGGGUUGCUGUUCAACAGUCAGUCAUCAAUGUGAACUAGGAACUCCUGUACCAGGACCGUGCGAUUCUCAGCCGCCGAUAAUACUCUUCGCUGGGGAAGCGACAGUACCAGGAUAUUUCGCGACAACACACGGUGCACGAUUAAGCGGUAUUAGGGAAGCUGAACGAGUUGUUUUAUUAACUAAGAAAUUUGAAGGUCCACCUCAGUAA